AUGGCGUCGGCAACUCGUGACACCCAGCCGUUCGGCAAUCUCGACAUGUCGAACAACGACGACAAAGUCAUCAAAUCGAUCAACGAGACCAAAGCCGAGUACAAGCGACUUGGACACUCCGGUCUCAGAGUCUCGGUGCCCAUCCUAGGCGCCAUGUCGUUCGGUGACACCGCGUGGCAACCCUGGGUCAUCAAAGAAGACGCCGCGCUCCCCCUCCUAAAAGCCGCCUUCGACCGCGGCCUCAACACCUGGGACACGGCCAACGUCUACUCCAACGGCGUCUCGGAAGAGAUCAUCGGCCGCGCCAUCAAAAAGUACAACAUCCCACGCAACAAACUUGUCAUCCUCUCCAAAUGCUGGGGCUACGUCGGCGAGACGCCCGAUGUCCGGGGCAUAGUUUAUGGCCAAGCGAUGACUGCCUCGAAAGACUACGUCAACCGUGGGGGUUUGAGUAGGACGGCGAUAUUCGAAGCCGUGAACGCGAGUCUGAAGAGGAUGGAUCUGGAGUAUAUGGAUCUACUGCAGAUCCAUCGAUUCGAUGAUCUUACCCCGAUUGAGGAGACGAUGGAGGCGCUGCACGAUCUGGUGAAGAGUGGCAAGGUGAGGUAUAUUGGGGCGAGUAGCAUGUGGACGUAUCAGUUUGCCAUGCUGCAGCAUUGCGCCGAGAGGAAUGGAUGGACCAAGUUUAUCAGCAUGCAGAACCAUUACAAUCUGCUGUAUCGGGAGGAGGAGAGGGAGAUGAAUAAAUUCUGCAACGCCACGGGCGUCGGCCUCAUCCCCUGGUCGCCGCUCGCCCGCGGCCACCUUGCGCGCGCGCCUGAGCAGACCGGCAAGACGAUUCGCAGCGAGCAGGAAAAGAAGGGCGCCUCGAUGAUGACUACUGGCCAGAGCGACAGCGACAAGGAAGUCAUCAAGCGCGUGCAGGAAGUGGCCAAGAAGCGUGGGUGGAAGAUGAGCCACGUAGCGCUCGCGUGGAUCAAUGAGAGGGUCAGCAGUCCGAUCGUCGGGUUUAGCAGUGUGGAGAGGAUGGAUGAGGCGCUCGAUGCGCGUGGUAAGGAGUUGACCGAGGAGGAGGAGAAGUAUCUCGAGGAGCCUUAUGUGACGCGGGAUGUCCAGGGACACUCGUAG